UUUUGUUUCUGUUUACAGCAAACAAAAGACCUUAAGUGUGCAACACAUCUGCUAAGUGAUAAAUUCAGAAACAUGACUGAGGAGAAGAAAACGAUUGUGAGGGAUUUGGGAUUCGGUGGCUUGAUGCACAUCCCACCACUAAGGGUGCAUCACCAAGUGUUAAGGGAGCUGGCUAACAACUUCAAAUUGGGGGAGAACAGACUGGAAAUCGGAUACGGUUCUUUUAAAAUAACCCCAAGAAAAAUAGGUCAUGCGCUUGGCAUCAACGCAACAGGAGAUCUAUUUCCUCAGAAAGUCGAUUAUAAGAAACUUUUUGAGGAUGACAAAGUAAUUUUUAGAAGAUUCCAGGGUAAGACCCUCAAAAGUCUUACAGAUGAGAUGAUGGAUAUUGGCGUUGGUAACGAAGAGGAUCGCCUAAUGUUCAAGAGGAUUUUCAUCCUCUAUAUACAGAUGACGUUCCUUUUGCCAAUGACAAUAAACAAAAUCUCGCCUGUACACCUGGCCCCAAUUUUUGAGAUGGACAGCAUAACGGAGCGAAACUGGGGAGGGCAUGUUUUGACCUUUAUCAUCAAGGGCAUAACCGACUACAAGGAGAAAAAGAAUAAGGCAAUUGAUGGCUGCCUCUUUGCCCUGAUGAUAAUAUACUUUCAUCUUUCUAAAAAUAAAGGCAAGAAGAGGGCUGAAAGACCGCCAAAACUCUGGAUUGCCAACUGGAGGAAGGAGCAGUUGGUCGAAAGAAUGAAUGCAGAAACAGAGGAAAUUUUGGUAAGUGAACAUAAUAUGUUGGGUGUAUUUUAUUUAUCUGAAUGCUGCUAAAUAAAUUAUCUGAUGUUUCAGGGGAUUGUAAAGAUGGCGCAAACAAGAGAGAAAAUGAAAAAAAUAGAGAAAACAGAAAAAAAAACAACAAAUCAAAAAAACAAAGAAAGGAAGGCAAGUUCAACAUCGUCUUCGGAGGAAGAAACAACUAAUAGUGACAGUUCUACCUCUGAGUCUGAGACUCAAGAAGACUCGGAGGAUUCAGCAAGAAAACAACCCAGCAAAAAGAGAAAAAAGUAAGUACCAUACUUGGGUGUAUUUUCUUUCUCGGGUUGGGUGUAUUUUGUGGAACCAUUUGGGUGUAUUUUGUUUAUCAAGUUGGUUGUAUGUUGUUUAUUAACUUGGGUGUAUUUCGUUUGUUGUGUUGGGUGUAUAUUGUCCAUUCAGUUGGUUGUAUCUUGUGCAUUCAUCUGGGUGUAUUUUAUAUCUUUAGUAUGUUCUAAAUAAUGAUUGUUUGCCUUCCAGAAUGGACUCCAAAAAAAGGAAGAAGAGUCAAGAGGAUUCAGAUUCUUAUUCAGAAUCCGAAUCAACUGAUGAGUAAUGUUCUGAAAUUAU